UUUUUGUUAUAACGUGGAAAGUUGUUGCAAUUUGUUAAGUAACUUAUUUUUCGACACGCGUAUAACACGCUGAUGUAAAUGCAAACACCACGUACUGAAGUUUGUAGAAUGAAAACGGUUCUGGAGUCCUGUUAUUUUGACGCAUUGUGUAGGGAGGAUCUAUGGAAUCAUGAAGAGCUAGACUAAGGAAAGAUGCUCCAACUGGUGUCUCCACUGAGGAGGUGGCAAUGCCCCUCAGUUGUAUUGCAGAGGCGAAUGUGUUCAGGUGCAGCAGAGCCAAAAGUGCAGCAAGACUCAAGUCAGACCCGCAUGAACCCUCUCAACAUCCAGAUGCUCUCCAAAAAUCUGCAUGAACAGAUUUUCCGCUACCCAACAGUGGAGUACUUGAGUACCAACGUAGAGAAAAGUAUCAGGCAUUUGGAAAAGCAUAAUCUCUGGGGGAAGGAGUCUUCACUGUUGACUGACGUAGAUCUGAAAUUGCCCAAGAUGUAUGGCGACAACAUUGAUGGUCAUUUUCAAAUUCUUGCCCAGAAGCAAAGUUUGCCUUACUUGAAGGCAGCCAGUUGGCUCCAGCAAACAGAGCUGCCCCAGAUGCCUGAAAAGUGGGUUUGGGAAGUGGGCUGGACAUUGUAUGGGGCUAAUGGAGAUUUUAAAAAGGUGGAUUUUCCAGAGGAGAAUGCCCUGGUGUUUGAUGUGGAAGUCUGCAUGGCUGAUGGUCACUGUCCCACACUGGCAGUGGCUGUUUCACCAACUGCCUGGUACUCGUGGUGCAGUAAAAGAUUGAUUGAGGAGAGAUACAGUUGGUCAAGUCAGCUAACCCUGGCAGACCUCAUCCCACUAGAGACUCCAGCCAAUUCCUGCAGGCCUCCUGGUGGACAGUGGCAGGAGAGACUCAUAGUGGGGCAUAAUGUCAGCUUUGACCGAGCACACAUUAAAGAACAGUACUUGUUAAAAGGCUCAAAGAUGCGUUUCCUAGACACGAUGAGCCUCCAUAUGGCUAUCUCAGGACUGACUGGUUUUCAGCGUUCUCUCUGGAUGGCUAGCAGGUACGGCAAGAAACGGGGCCUGCAAGAAGUCAAGGAGCACAUGAAGAAGCUUGGACGAUACUCCAAGGGCCCGGCGAUUGGUUCUUGGAACUGGGUUAACAUCAGCAGCAUUAAUAACUUGGCUGACGUUCAUGCCCUCUAUGUUGGAGGGGAUCCUCUUAAGAAAGAGGCCAGGGACAUUUUUGUAAAGGGCAGCAUGAGAGACGUUAGGAGAAAUUUUCAGGAGCUGAUGCAGUAUUGUGCAAAGGAUGUUCUGGCUACUCAUGAGGUUUUUACACAACAACUGUCCCUCUUCAUGGAACGGUGUCCUCAUCCAGUGACAUUUGCAGGAAUGCUUGAAAUGGGUGUCUCAUACUUACCUGUCAAGCAGAACUGGGGCCGAUAUUUGGAAGAUGCCCAAGAUACAUAUGAAGAGCUGCAAAGAGAAAUGAAGAAAUCUCUAAAGAUUCUUGCUGAUGAUGCUUGUCAGUUACUGCAGGAUGACAGAUAUAAGGACGACCCUUGGCUUUGGGACUUGGAGUGGGACGUUCAGGAGUUCAAGCAGAAGAAAAUGACCAUGAGCAAGAAAAAGAAAGCCGAACAAGAUGCUGAGAAAGCAGCAGCAAUGGCUUCUGGAUCUGACAGAUUAAAGAAGGACUGGGAUGAAGAUCCAGGUCCUCCAGAGGAAGAUCAAGGGACUGUGGACCCCAGCAAAGAACUUGUAGAGAGACUGAAGGAAACUGUAAACUGCCUGCCCAAGAGGAGACGGCACAUGCCGGCACACCCUGGCUGGUAUCGAAAACUGUGUUUGAGGUUAACAGAGGAGGAUGAGGCUUGGUCUCCUGGAGCCAGCCAGAUCAGUCUGCAGAUGAGAGUGACACCCAAGCUGAUGAGCAUGACAUGGGAUGGUUUCCCCUUGCACUAUACAGAAAAACAUGGCUGGGGCUACCUGGUCCCAGGACGCAGAGAUAACCUGGAUGCUACAGAGGACACUGAAGGACCUGUUUGUCCUUAUAGGGCAAUUGAGAGCAUCUACAGAGAAUAUUGUGAACAGAAAGGAAAGAAGCAGCCACAGUGUCUCGACAGUCUGCCCUCAGAGGAUCUCAUGCUGACUGACAGCAGUGUGUGGCAAACAGUGGAGGAGUUGAGCCGACUGGAGGUGAUGUCUGAUGAUGAGAUGGUGCCAAGAGCAGUGAGAACAGAAAAGGCUAAGGUAUCACCAAAUCUGGAAGCAGGUAGUGAAUGUCCCUAUCACCAUGGUAAUGGACCAUACAAUGAUGUAAAUAUCCCUGGAUGCUGGUUCUUUAAACUACCUCAUAAGGAUGGUAAUGAAAACAAUGUGGGUAGCCCAUUUUCUAAAGAUUUCUUGUCUAAAAUGGAGGACGGGACACUUCAGGCAGGCCAAGGAGGAACAAAUGCAGCUCGUGCUCUAGAGAUUAACAAGAUGAUGUCAUUUUGGAGAAACGCCCAUAAACGCAUCAGCUCUCAGAUGGUUGUGUGGCUGCGAAAGGGAGAACUUCCUCGUACAGUUAACAAACAUGAGGACUACAACGAGGAAGAACAAUAUGGUGCCAUCUUACCACAGGUUAUUACUGCAGGGACAGUCACGCGCAGAGCUGUAGAACCAACGUGGCUGACUGCCAGUAAUGCUCGGAGGGAUCGAGUGGGCAGUGAACUGAAAGCUAUGGUGCAGGUCCCUCCUGGUUAUCACCUGGUCGGAGCAGAUGUUGAUUCUCAAGAGCUGUGGAUUGCAGCAGUGCUGGGAGAGUCUCACUUUGCUGGCAUGCACGGCUGCACAGCAUUUGGAUGGAUGACCCUGCAGGGCAAGAAGAGUCAGGGCACGGACCUGCACAGCCGUAUAGCAGACACUGUGGGCAUUAGCCGAGAGCAUGCUAAAGUCUUUAACUACGGCCGUAUCUACGGAGCAGGCCAGCCAUUUGCUGAGCGUCUGCUCAUGCAGUUUAACCAUCGACUCAGCCAACCAGAGGCAGCCAGCAAAGCACGACAGAUGUACGCACUCACUAAAGGCCUGCGCAGGUAUCACCUGUCUGAGGAGGGGGAGUGGUUGGUAAAGGAACUGGGUGUGGAUGUGGUGAGGGAUGAAAAUGGAACUGUGUCCAGAGAGGAAUUGCGGAGAAUUUCUAAACUAGCUGGGAGGAGUUCUCAAAAUAAGAGGAAGUGGGACGUGGCUGGACGACGCGUGUGGACUGGAGGUACCGAGUCCGAGAUGUUCAACAAGCUGGAGAGCAUCGCUCAUUCAGAGCAACCUGCCACCCCUGUGCUAAGCUGUAGGAUCUCUCGAGCUCUGGAGCCAGCCGCUGUCAGAGAAGAGUUUAUCACUAGCAGAAUAAACUGGGCAGUUCAGAGUUCAGCAGUGGACUACCUUCACCUGAUGCUGGUGGCUAUGAGGUGGCUGAUGGAAGAGUACGACAUAGACGGGCGCUUCUGUAUUAGCAUUCAUGAUGAGGUACGCUACCUGGUAAAAAGUGAAGACAGACACAGAGCAGCACUUGGCCUACAGAUCACCAACCUGCUUACCCGUUGUAUGUUUGCCUAUAAGCUGGGCAUGAACGAUCUUCCUCAGUCGGUAGCUUUCUUCAGUGCUGUAGAUAUUGACCAGUGCUUGAGAAAAGAGGUCUCCAUGGACUGUGUGACCCCAUCUAACCCUACAGGACUGGAGAGGAGAUAUGGACUAGCUCAAGGUGAGGCCUUGGACAUCUAUCAGAUCAUUGACAUUACCAAAGGGUCGUUAUCAAAAGGAAAAUAGCCCAAUCAUGUCUACAAGCAGCAAGAGAGAAGAAGUGCCUGAUAACAGCUUACAGGUCAACAAAGGUGGAAUGAAAAGUGCAUGUUUCUUUUUUUUUUACUGCUGUCUUCUUUUCUUCUUGGGAGCCUGACUCUCCUCAGCAACUUGUGAUGCUUCAGUCUAAAUAAACAAUAAUAUUUAGGUCAUCACAAUGGGAAAAAUAAUAGAAUGGGAUAUUAAGACGUUCUUUCCUGUGAGAUGUUUUGAUAAAGUUUAUUGUGAGUAUAUAAGUGGUUAUUUUGUUUGUAUUUUAAACUCUAACUUUUAAAGAAGAGUGUUACGUUAUCCUUUACAAGGAUUUAUGUUGUUUGUUUCUUUUCUGGAUUUUUCCGAUCUAGUCAUUUCCAGUUUCUCAUUGUAAAGCCACUGCCACUUGCUCAACCCAACACAUGUCCCCUCCGACACAUCACCAGCCAGUGCGUAUGUAGAGCCAUGCUAAGCUCUAUGUGGAAGCCCCCCAUAGCACUAACAUGAAUCUUGGAUGCAUAAAUGAAAAAUAAAUAACUUUUUAAAUAAAGGGCUCAUUGUGACUUUAGUAAGGAUGUUUACGUUUAACCAGUUAACCAGCAAAUAAGUCAUUGUUCCAUUUAUGCUGUCAGCUAAGUAACAGCUGAUGCUUGAUGUUCAACUGCUUUGAUUUUCUUAAGUUGCUUAUUUUAAAUAGUUGAUAAUAGCAUUUUUUGUAAGACAAUUGCAAGGGGUUCAGUGUGUGUGCAUGUAAAAAUCAGUAUUAGUGCAAAAGAGUCCUUUGUGUAAACUGCAGACCCAGCGUCCAGAAAAGUUGGAACAUUUUGUAAUAUACAAUAAAAAGAAGAAUCUGGAA